CUGUUUUGUGACCCAGGGCUGGUGGCUUGAAUUGAGAUCAAUGUGCCAUUACAGGAAUUGGUGUCAUUUGAGGAUGUGGCUGUGGACUUCACCUGGGAGGAGUGGCAGGACUUGAAUGAUGCUCAGAGGACUUUGUACAAGGAUGUGAUGCUUGAGACCUACAGCAGCCUGGUGUCAUUGGGGUACUGCAUUAGUGAACCUGAAGUGAUCCUCAGGUUGGAGAAAGGAGCAGAGCCACGGAUGAUAGAAGAACACCCAAACCAGAGCCUCCCAGAUGUCCUGGUAGUUAAUGACCUAAUUAAGAGCAGCCAAGAAAGUCAUGGUAGAUACUUGUGGCAAGGUGUAAUCCUCAAUGGGAACCGAUCAACUGAGGAGAGAGUUGAUUUAGGAAAAUCAUUUAAUUUGAGUUCAAAGCAUAUUUUAAAUCUGGUUAUAAGUAAUAGAACCUAUUCAGGAGUGGGCCAUGAGGAGUUUAAUGUAUGUCAGAGUACACUUCUUACAGAGACUGAUGCCAUGCAUGCUGGAGAGAAAUCUGAUAAGCAUAAUAUAAUUGGGAAGUCACAGAGACAUCCUGAGAAUCUAAGUCAGCAUUCCAGGUUUCAGACUGGGCAACCUUUUGAAUUUAGUGGAAAAGGGAAGUUCUCCAACACAGUGCCAAUAAUACUUACAUAUGAGAAGAUGCAUAUGGGUGAGACCACCUGUAAAUAUAAUGAAUAUGGAAAAGCCUGUGAUAAGUCAGCUGCCAUUGCCCAAGAGAUAACUCAGAGAAUUCACAUAAGUGAGAAUCCAUAUGAGCGUGAAGAAAGUCAAAUUUUCUACUGUAAGUCAAAACUCAAAAAACAUGAGAGAAUUCACAUUGCUGAGAAACCGUUUGAAUGUAACAGAUGUGGAAAAACCUUCUACCAGAAUUCAGACUUCAGUAAGCAUGAGAGAAUUCACACAGGUGAGAAACCGUAUGAAUGUAAAGAAUGUGGAAAAGCUUUUAACCGAAAGUCACACCUCAGCAUGCAUCAGAGAAUUCACACAGGUGAGAAACCAUAUGAAUGUAAAGAAUGUUUAAAAGCUUUUAAACGAAAGUCACACCUCAGCAGGCAUCAGAGAAUUCACACAGGUGAGAAACCAUAUGAAUGUAAAGAAUGUUUAAAAGCUUUUAAACGAAAGUCACACCUCAGCAGGCAUCAGAGAAUUCACACAGGUGAGAAACCAUAUGAAUGUAAAGAAUGUUUAAAAGCUUUUAAACGAAAGUCACACCUCAGCAGGCAUCAGAGAAUUCACACAGGUGAGAAACCAUAUGAAUGUAAAGAAUGUGGAAAAGCUUUUAAUCGAAAGUCCACCCUCAGCAUGCAUCAGAGAAUUCACACAGGUGAGAAACCAUAUGAAUGUAAAGAAUGUGGAAAAGCUUUUAAUCGAAAGUCCACCCUCAGCAUGCAUCAGAGAAUUCACACAGGUGAGAAACCAUAUGAAUGUAAAGAAUGUAGAAAAGCUUUUAAUCGAAAGUCCACCCUCAGCAUGCACCAGAAAACUCACACAGGUGAGAAACCAUAUGAAUGUAAAGAAUGUGGAAAAACUUUUAACCAAAAGUCGAUCCUCAGUAGGCAUCAGAGAAUUCACACAGGUGAGAAACCAUAUGAAUGUAAAGAAUGUGGAAAAGCUUUUAGCCAAAAGUCAAACCUCAUCAUGCACCAGAAAACUCACACAGGUGAGAAACCAUAUGAAUGUAAAGAAUGUGGAAAAACUUUUAACCAAAAGUCAAUCCUCAGUAGGCAUCAGAGACUUCACACAGGUGAGAAACCAUAUGAAUGUAAAGAAUGUAGAAAAGCUUUUAAUCGAAAGUCCACCCUCAGCAUGCAUCAGAGAAUUCACACAGGUGAGAAACCAUAUGAAUGUAAAGAAUGUAGAAAAGCUUUUAAUCGAAAGUCCACCCUCAGCAUGCAUCAGAGAAUUCACACAGGUGAGAAACCAUAUGAAUGUAAGGAAUGUGGGAAUGCUUUAAAGCUAAAGUCACACCUCAGCAUGCAUCAGAGAGUUCACACAAGUGAGAAACCAUAUGAAUGUAAAGAAUGUGGGAAAGCUUUUAACAAAAAGUUGAUCCUCAGUAGGCAUCAGAGAAUUCACACAGGUGAGAAACCAUAUGAAUGUCAAGAAUGUGGAAAAGCUUUUAACCAAAAGUCAUCCCUCAACAAGCAUCAGAGAAUUCACACAGGUGAGAAACCAUAUGUAUGUAAAGAAUGUGGAAAAGCUUUUAGCCAAACGUCAAACCUCAUCAUGCACCAGAGAACUCACACAGGUGAGAAACCAUAUGAAUGUAAGGAAUGCGGGAAAGCUUUUAACCGAAAGUCAAACCUCAGCGUGCAUCAGAGAAUUCAAGGUGAGAAACCACAUGAAUGUAAACAAUGUGGAAAAGCUGUUAACCAACAGGUAUCAUUCAACUUACAUCAGAGAGUUCUCACAGGUGAGAAACCAUAUGAAUGUAAAGAAUGUGGAAAAGCUUUUCUGUGAAAGUCACACCUCAGCAUGCAUCAGAGAAUUAUUCACACAGUAGACAAACCAUAUGAAUGUAAGCAAUGUGGAAAAGCUUUUAAGCAACAGGCAUUGGAAUUCACACAGUGAGACACCAUAUGAAUUUAAGGAAUAUUGAAAAGCUCUAAACCAAAUGUCAGCCUUCAGCAUGCAUUAGAGAAUGCACCCACGUGGGAAACCCUAUGAAUGUAAUGGAUGGUAAAGAAUGUUUAACUACAAGUCAUACUUCAGGAUACAUCGGUGUACACACAAACACAAAAAAUAUUAUGAAAGUAAAGAAUUUGGAAAAGCUUUUAACCAAAAGUCAAUCCUCAGGUGGCAUCAGAAAAUUCAAACUGGUGAGAAGGCCUACAAAUGUCAUAAAUGUGGAAAAACCUUUAAAAAGAAGUCAUCCAUCUUGGUGCAUCAGAGUACUCACACAGUAAAACUAAAAACCAUAUGAAUGUAAAAACACGGAAAAAUCCUUUAACUGAAAAAGUCCAACCAUCAGCAUGCAGCAGAGAAUUCAUACAGGUGAGAAGCCCUAUGAAUGGACAAUGUGGAAAACUUAAAAAGUCACACUUUAGAAGACAUCAGGAUA